ACGAGCAUACCCAACCACUCCGAAGCAGAGAACUAGAGUUCCAAACGGAAAAAAUAAAUGAAUAAAUGAAGAAGAAGAAAAGAAAUUUAUUUAUUAAUGUAACGCAUUAAUUGCUACGUUCGAUCGCAAGAAGAUGAAAAGUGCUUUUGUGAGGGCAAAAAUGCGGAAAGCGUGUUACCGAGAAGCACCAGCUGCUGCAGCCUUACAGGCGGAGGAAGAGAACACCAGAUAGAUAGGAGGAGAUGAGGGUUUUGUUUUUAUAGGGUUUUAGAGAGAGAAAGAGUGUGGAGAGAAGAGGAGGAGGAAGAAGAAGAAGAAGAAGAAGAAGAUGAUGAUGAUGGGUUCUUGUUCUUCCACUCCUCAUUCCUUCUUUAGGGUCAUGCUUGGUAAUUUCCAAGAUAUCAUGCUGCUACUGUGGUUAUUAUGCUUGCCUCUACAUAUAUUUAUAGACUUAUAAAGUUCAUACCGCCUAAGUUUGGAAGAACCAUAAAUGACUUAAUCGGUGAGAUUGUGUAUCUGGAAGAUUCAGAAGGGAAUUCCUCAGAGGUUAAGAUCUGCACGAUAAAUGGUUCGUUGGCUUUCCAACAAGGAUGGCGUGAGUUUGUGUUGGAUCAUUCUAUAGAAACUGGAGAAUUUCUGGUAUUUCAACACAUUAGUAGGUCCUUAUUCUCUGUCAAGAUAUACAGCAUAAGUGCAUGUGAGAGGGUACAUUUUCAUGGGAAAGACGAAAGUGAUAAUGCUAUAAAGAAAAGGAAGAUGAUCGGCUCAUUAGAAAACAAGUUGCAUCUUCCUAAACAAAUCGGAAAUUCUGAGGAUAUGGAAGGUGGUUGCUUUCUUGCUGCUGAAAAUCCAGGGAUAAAAGAAGUUGAAGUUAAAUUCGUUCCUUCUGAGUCGACUAACGGCGAAAUUGUUGUAACUAACUCAGUUAAGUUUAUGGAGAUAGAAACAGCAAGACAAAUUUCUCCUCCAUCCUGUCCAGAGGCACGUGAAGUUGACGAAGAUUCAGAGUGCAAACGGGAACUAUAUCUCUUUGAAUCCCUUACAUUGAAAAACGAGCGCUCCACUGAUGACAAAGAGAAAAUAUCUGCGGAUGGAAAUAAUUGUGGAAGAUCCAAAACUGCGGCAGAAGCUGAAUGUUCGAAGUUAGGAUCCAAUUUCACUAUUCCUGGACACUUUCAAGAACCAAAGAGAGAGGAUGAGAAUCUUACACAGCAGGAAAGUAGGCAUGAGAAACUAAUAGAUGAUCACAAUGACCAAGAGAUGGUGGAUAGUAAAAGACAGUGUUUAACUGACAUUCCGGAUGAGAAGCACAGCAUGAUUCUACCGGAGGAGAAAGUUAAAAAAAGUGAUGCCACUGAGGAGUGGGUAUGCCAUAAUGUUGAUGAGGACUUAGCUGAUGAACUUGAAGAUGUCAAAGCUAUCAAUGUCGAUAUGUUCUUAGAUGAAAAGGAUGAUGACAUAUGCUGCAAUAGAAGUACAGCGAUGCCUGAAGAGAAAACCCUGCAUUGUGAAAAAUUUGGUCAAGAUCCUUGCACUAAAAGUAUUACUACGAAACCAGAAGUGCCAUCGAAAAAGGAAGAUCCUAUUCCGGUUGUAAGUGCUGGGAAUCUCCAACAAGGUACAUCUGGUGUGGAUGUCAAGCAAGAAGAUGCAUGCGAACCAGCAAACAUUCCUAAUGUCUUUCCAAAAGAAGAGAUGUCCAUUUGUCUUGCGACUGAUGAAAAUUGUGGUCCUGUGAAGACCGAAGAUUUGGAUUUUGAUGAAUCUCCAUUGCCAAAGUCAAUUAAAUUCAGCUUUUCGUUAUCUUCCACAGCUCAGAACUGGCUUGAGUUGUCGGAAAGGUUGCCCACUCAAUGGGGAAGGAAGAGACUAGAGAGGAAAGUUAUAAUCCUUGAAGAUCCCUCUAUGAGACUUUGGCCGGUCCUUUACCAAGAGAGCGACAUGUUUCAAGGCUUUAGUAGUGGCUGGGGAGCUUUUGCCAGAGCAAACAAUCUUCAAGAAGGAGAUCUUUGCGAGCUGGUUGAAGUUGCCAACGAAUCGGGGCAGGUUUGUCAUGUGCAAAUAUCAAAAGUUUUGAGGCUUGCUUGAUCAUAACAGUUGUUCUCAUAAAUGAUUUUGCUUUAUAAUAUUUUGGAGGAACGAAGUGAGCUGGAUUUUGUGUGCAUCAUUACUGCUGUCUUUUUUUGUUUCUGAAGAAUCUUGCUACACUUUCCCUGAAUUAUGUAAAUCUAAGCGGAGGCGUUAUACUGGUACAUGAACCGAUCUUGCAAUGUGUAUUAGCCAUAAAAAAAUUCCUGCUUAUUACUGGACAUUGGUGAAUAGUUUGUGAACUUUGUGUUUGAGUAGUAGUUUUUUCCUCGGCACUUUCUUAG